AUGUCAGAACACAGCACUGAAUCCCCAACACCUGAUGAAUCUCAUCCAGCUGCGGAAGAGGUCCAGUCUGACUCUGAGGAAGGUGAAAUGGCUCAAGAAUCUCCAAAAAAUUCAGCGGCAGAAAUUCCUGUGACUAGCAAUGGACAGCUAGAAGACUCUCAUGAGCACAGUUUUAACAGGGAUUUGAAAUGUUCAUUACCAGUUGGACUUGGACUUUCGGAGACCAGAAUAACAUCUCAUGGCUUUGACAGUACCAAAGAGGGAAUCGUUGAGGCAGGACCAUUUCCAGGUAAAGGUUCCUCAGCAUCACCCAAAUCCUCUGUUAUAGCUCCUAGCAGUGCAGCAGCUAGCAGACUGGCUGGACAAGGUUGUGAUUUAAUUAUUCCCACAGGGGGAAGAGCUCCACAGAAGAGUGGACCUGUUGUCUUAGCAGAUGAGGUAAAGAAUCCAGCAAUGGAGAAAUUGGAAUUGGUGCGGAAGUGGAGCCUAAACACUUAUAAGUGUACACGUCAGAUCAUCUCUGAAAAAUUGGGUCGUGGCUCAAGAACAGUAGAUCUGGAACUAGAAGCUCAGAUAGAUAUAUUGAGAGAUAACAAAAAGAAAUAUGAAAAUAUCUUGAAACUGGCACAGACGCUGUCCACACAACUCUUCCAGAUGGUACAUACCCAAAGGCAACUUGGAGAUGCGUUUGCUGACCUGAGUUUGAAAUCAUUGGAACUUCAUGAGGAGUUUGGCUACAAUGCAGAUACGCAGAAGCUUCUGGCUAAAAAUGGAGAAACUCUUCUCGGGGCUAUUAACUUCUUUAUUGCCAGUGUGAAUACACUGGUGAAUAAGACAAUUGAGGAUACGCUAUUGACUGUGAAACAGUAUGAAAGUGCCAGGGUUGAAUAUGAUGCCUAUCGAACAGACCUUGAAGAGUUGAACCUUGGCCCUCGUGAUGCAAGCACUCUGCCAAAGAUUGAGCAGUCGCAGCAACUGUUUCAGGUGCAUAAAGAGAAAUACGACAAAAUGCGUAAUGAUGUCUCUAUCAAAUUGAAAUUUUUGGAAGAAAAUAAGGUUAAGGUAUUGCACAAUCAGCUUGUUCUGUUCCACAAUGCCAUUGCAGCGUACUUUGCUGGGAAUCAAAAGCAGCUUGAACAGACACUUAAACAGUUCCACAUCAAAUUGAAAACUCCUGGAGCAGAUGCCCCAUCCUGGCUUGAAGAACAGUAA